GUGCCCUACUCCCGGGACCCCAGCAAGCCCUACAAGAAGGUGCUCCGGACUCGCUACAUCCAGACGGAGCUGGGCUUCCGAGAGCGGCUCUUUGUGGCUGUGCUGACUUCCAAGGCCACCCUGAACACCUUGGCUGUGGCCGUCAACAAGACAGUAGCCCACCACUUCUCCCACUUGCUGUACUUCACGGGGCUGCGGGGUGCCAAGGUGCCCCACGGCAUGGCGGUGGUCUCCCAUGGGGACGAGCGGCCCGUCUGGCUGAUGUACGAGACUGUGCGCUACAUACAGCAGCACUUUGGGGGCGAUUUUGACUGGUUCUUUGUCAUGCAAGACGACACCUACGCCCAGGCGGAGCGGGUCCAGGCCUUGGCGGGCCACCUCAGCAUCAACCAGGAUGUCUACCUCGGCCGGGCGGAGCAGUUCAUUGGGGGGGACGAGCAGGCCCCCUACUGCCACGGGGGCUUCGGCUACUUGCUCUCCCGCAGCCUCCUGCUCAAGCUGCGCCCCCACCUCGACAACUGCAGGAAUGAGAUCCUCAGCGUGCGCCCGGACGAGUGGCUGGGACGCUGCAUUGUGGACUUCCUGGGCCUCAGCUGCCUCUCCCAGCUUCAGGGUCAGCGUUUCCUCUCCUAUGAACUGGCCAAGAAUGUGGAGCCAGAGAAGGAAGAAGGGGAGGCCUUUAGGGGGGCGAUCACUGUCCACCCUGUGGCUGAGCCAACCCUCAUGUACCGCCUCCAUAAGAGAUACAGUAGGAUCCAGCUGGAGCGGGCUUACGAAGAGAUCGAGCGGCUGCAGGACCAGAUCUGUAAUCUGACCACGCGGAUGCCUGUGGGAGAGGCCAAGCUGACAUGGCCUGUGGGCAUCGAAGCCCCCUUUGUGCCCAAGAGUCGCUUUGAGGUGAUCACCUGGGACUACUUCACCGAGCAGCACCUCUUCUCCUGCCCCAGUGGGGCCCCAAAGUGUGAGCUCGCUGGGGCUAGCAAGGCUGACGUGGAGAACAUCCUCCAGGCUGCCCUGGAGCAGCUGAACCGACGCUACCGGCCCCGGCUGCGUUUCCGCAAGCACCAACUCCUGAAUGGCUACCGGCGGUUUGACCCCACGCGGGGCAUGGAGUACACCCUGGAUCUGCUUCUGGAGGCCGUCACCCAGAAGGGGCACAGCCACCUGCUGGCCAAGCGGGUGACCCUCCUGCGCCCACUCAGCAAGGUGGAAAUCAUUCCCAUGCCCUACGUGAUGGAGGCCACGCGAGUGCAGUUGGUGCUGCCCCUCACGGUGCAGGAGCUGGACUUUGUUGGCAGCUUCCUGGACGCCUUUGCAGUGAAUGCCCUGGACACCCAUGACAACGUCCUACUCACCCUGUUGCUUGUCUACGACCCCUACGAUGCCCAGCGGGUGGCCCAGGUGGACGUCUUUGCAGGGGUCAAGGCUAUGGUGGCGCAGCUGGAGAAGCGCUACGCAGACGUCAAAAUCCCCUGGAUCAGCGUCAAGACGGAAGUGCCCUCCCAGAUCAAGCUCAUGGAUGUUGUCUCCAAGAAGCACCCGGUGGACACGCUCUUCUUCCUGGCCAGUGUCUGGACGGAGAUCAGUGGGGAGGUUCUCAACCGCUGCCGCAUGAAUGCCAUUGGCAGCUGGCAGGCCUUCUUCCCCAUACACUUCCAGGAGUUCAACCCGGUGCUGACCUAUCGUAGAGACCCAGCGGCUGCCGCUUCGACCAGUGGCACAGACUUUCUGCGGGACGGACACUUUGACCGCCAUGCCUUUGCCGAGGCCUGCUUCUAUAACUCGGACUACAUGGCAGCCCGGAGCAGACUAGCGGCGGAUGCUGCCCUGGACCGGGAGGAGGCCCUGGAGGACCUGGAGGUUUUUGACCUGUUCCUGCGCUAUUCCCAGCUUCAUCUCUUCCGGGCGGUGGAACCGGGGCUGGUGCAGAAGUAUGUGCUUCAGAGCUGCAACCCCCGCCUGAGUGAGGAGCUCUACCGCCACUGUGUCCACAGCAAUUUGCAGGGCCUGGCCUCGCGCUCCCACCUGGCCAUGGCCUUCUUUGAGCAGGAGCAGGCCAAUAGCACCUGAGCAUUAGGUCUUGGGAAGAGGAGAAGGAAAAGCAUAGGUUUGUUUGGGAAACCAUUAAAGCCUCAUUGCUGAU